AUGUCAUCUAUUACUGAAAACCUGACCUCUGUUCACAGUGCUAUCUACGCUUCUGAAACUGAUUUCGUUGAGGAUUGGCAUGUCCGUGUUACCUGGAUUGCUUUCAUGACCCUGUGGGUUAUCUGGGGUCUCUUGUGGGUUGUCCGCUCAUACUUUGUAGGUCAAGAUACAUCCAAUGUCACUGAACCCGAAGCACACUCUGCUUCUGAAAAUGGUUUGGCAAAGAAACUCCAUAUGCCUUCUCCAAAUUUUGCUGUCAGUGGUAGUUUUGCUCCUCGCUUAGAAAAGGGCUAUCAAGUUGUAAAGGACUCUCUCUUCUCUCUCUUGUGCUUGCUUUCAAUGAACUCUUUUGCCCGUGGUUCCACCCGUGCUGUCAUGAUCCUUGCUUGGUUUUUUGUCGCUUUUGCUGUCUUUUGGUUUGUCGCUGAACUCGUCAUUGACAACCGUUAUAUGCGUGUUCUCUACUCUACUAUUUUCUACGCUCUUGGUUUGGCUAUCGGUGGUCUUGCUUACAAACAAGGUUUCUUCUAA